UGUUUCAUUUUCCCUUUAAUGUCGUUUGUAUUGUUAUGUCUUGCACAACUUCCUGAUAUCGAAUACAAUGGUGACACUGCAUUCAUGAUUCAACUGUCAGAAUAAAAAUUGAUAAACAUUCUAAAUUAAUUUCAAUUUUUUUCAAACAAAAGUAAAUCAACUAAUUGAACUCAACUUCAGUCACAUUUUGAAAGCUUCCGUCAACAUAAUGUUGUGUCUUUUAUUCUUUUUGAUUUAUUUUGCAAAUAUUUUCUCAUUUAUUUCGAUGGAAACAAAUGAAAUCGACGACGACGAUGGCAUUGAUUUGUCGCAUUUCGGAGCAAAAAUUUAUGGACAACCGAAGAAACACGAUGGCUCUGUUGAACGAUAUGGAAAUCCAGAAGAACAAGGAGAUUACUUGGAAGGUGAUUUGCUGAUACCAACAUCAGCUAAAAACGGAAUCAGAGAUCAAUCAUAUAGAUGGAAACAUGGAGAAGUUCCAUUCGUAAUUAAUGGAAAUUUCGAUGCGUUCAUGAUGGACAAACUUGAGCGAGCGUUCAACGAAUAUAAGGCAAAAACAUGCAUCAAAUUCAUUCCACGUCGUCCAUCAGAUCGGGAUUAUAUUUCAAUUGAAAAUGCACCCACGGGUUGCUGGUCAAGUAUUGGAAGAAUUGGAGGAAAGCAAAUUGUAAAUCUUCAAACUCCGCUUUGUUUAAGUUUGAUUGGAACUGUUUUGCAUGAACUUUUACAUGUUGUUGGUUUCUUUCACGAACAAAAUCGUGAAGAUCGUGACAGUUAUGUGACGAUAAACAGCAAAAAUAUCAGGGAUGGCUAUCAAGUUAAUUUUGCGAAAAUAAAAAAAGGCGAUUCGACAAGUUUUGGUGUUGGUUAUGACUAUGGAAGUGUUCUUCACUAUUCUGCCGAUGCUUUCUCUAAAAAUGGAAAGCCGACAAUCGUUGCUAAGAAAAAAACAAAUGAAGCUAUGGGACAACGUAAAGGAUUUUCUCAAAAAGACAUUGAAAAGAUCAAUAAAAUGUAUAAAUGUCAGAGAUCAGCGGACGAUUCAUUUUUCGGAAACGUUCAACGACAGAUACUCUCAUUUAACAACGAGAAUGAAUAA